AGUCGCCAGAGCGCCGAUGUUGCUUCACGUCUCCAAUUUGGAGUGUUCACAGACAACUUUGGAGGAACUGGGACGCAAACCGCGUUGUCGAUACAGAUACCGGUGUUUUCAGGCGGUGAAGGAGACGUGGUGUCGAGUCGUAAAUCAUCAAGAUCUGAACGUCGAAGUGCAUCGAUAACGUCUUCUGCUUCAGCAAGUUCCUCACGUAGCGGUAUGGCUGGCCAGACAGAUGAAGUCAAAUUUGACGUUGACGAUAAGAUUGUGGUUGGAUGGCCUCUCAGUGAUGUGAGAAUGCUUCCACCUUCUACUUCGACCCUUCUCGUGCCCAAGACAGAAUCAGAAGUCUUGAAAACGGCACAUUGUAAGACUGAUCAGAGCUCAAGAAUCGUUUCUUGGGAUAACGUGCUUAAUGGGAGCUACGAUAAGAGAACGUCAGAAACGUUGAAGGCUUCAGAAGAACGCAUUCACACAUGGGAUGUGUGCUACUGUCAUUUCAGCGAGGAAGCUUUGCAAGUUGCAAAGAAUCUCGGUUUGACGCAGCCGUUAGAUGAGAGAUCUAACUUUUCGUUAGUCUCAUCACCACCAAAGCGAUCGCGCAAGGAAGAAAAACCACCUGCAUCACCUGCACUAACGUUGACUCCCAAGGGUCGGAUGAUGUCCACAUGGAAUACGUUGCAAGAGCAUCGGCAUUCGGCUAUUUUCCUUCAUCCAGUAACGGAUAGAGAUGCGCCAGGCUAUAGCCGUAUUGUCUUUUGCCAUGUAUGA